AUUGUCUACAAAGAAAUUAUGUACGGCAGUGUGCAAGUUUAGUAAGAAGAAACCAAAAUGAAGUUCGAUAAAAGCAGUGCAAAGUCUCCCCUCGCGGGUGAUACCGUCAUCGAAACGCAGCUGCAACCGGCCGAAUACCAGCAUGGCUCAGUCAGGCUGGCAGUCACCGCCAGUAGGGGUAGCAAAGAAAGUUUGAACGGUCAAAGUGAAGUGCAAAAGCUAGACUCGCUGCCAUCAGGUCGAGCAUUGACGAACGAUUCCUCGGAAGCAAAGGAUCAAACGGAAGAGCUUCUGGAAUCGACUGUUUUGGCUUCGUUCUACAUGGAUGGGAAGCUAGUGGAACUGGAUGCGCAGUAUUUGCAGCAGAAAGAGGAAGCCGACGACGAGAAAUUCAACUCGACAACCGAAGGAGUGUUUCAUCAGUGUCUUGUAACAUGUGCAGUGUUGCUGCUGGCAGCAGCAUGCGGUAUGCCAAUUGGCUACUCGGCAGUACUGCUUCCUCAGCUCUACAACGUCAGCGAGCCGCUGCUCAUCGAUAUGGAGAUGGGCUCGUGGAUUGGCAACGACGACGGAGACGACUUGCCCAGCGUGCAACUGUUUGAGCAAGGUCCGACCCCCCAACGACGACCAUCCGAGAAUAAUCUCUAA